AGGCCUGUUGGAGAAUUCCCAGAAAUAAAAGUGCGCUUUUUAAUUGACGGACUAUUGUUGGCAUAUAAUAAUAUUGUUGUGAUAUUUAUCGAGUGAAUUACCGACUAAAAGACCAAACACUGCUGCGCAUGUAUUCAGCAUGACGAGCCUGUGAUGUUCGGCUUCAACAACAACAGCAGCAGCAGCAGGCCUUCACUACGACACAACACAAACCGCACAGCCUCCUCUAAAAUCUGGGAAUAUACAAAUGAUCAGGUUUUGGAAGAUUCACGAGGUUAUGUACGGAUUUGUUGGCGGCAAAGAAAAAAGGGAGGGAUUUUAUGUCGACGAGUGGAUAUUUCCAAGUUCUCUUCGUGGUCCUGGAGUCUUCAGAGCACAUUAGACGAUGAUUUCUCCGGACGUAUAGGAGUCGAGCGAGGGGUGACGGUAUAAGAAUGAUGGAAAAACGGCAGCCGGAGAUUUGUCCUGGAAGUCCCGAUGCAGAGUCCGGCCCUGGAAAACGGGAGGAUUCCUCCAUCAUCUCCAGACAGAACGGAUGCAAGGAGGACGAGGAGCCCAGGAGAGAGGAGGGGGAGGAGGAGAGGGGAGGGGGUUUAAAAGGGGUUGAGGAGACGGAUGACGUUCCUCUGCAGAACUCGAGCAACGGGACGAGCAUCAGCAUCAUCAUCAACGGCGUUGCCAAGGAAACUGCCUCUCACAACGCCCUUGACCUGAAAAGGGAAGUGCCGGUGAUCGAGCUCUCCAGGAGGGACGCUAUAAAAGCGCUAGAGCAGAGGACUGAAAGCCAUUUGGUGCCGAUCACGGAACUUCGCAGACCGCCACCGCUGCCGCUGCCGCCGCCGCAUCGAGACGACGCUCGAAUGGUCCAGCUGAGCCCAAACGCGUUUCCUGUCCCUGCCCGAGCGAUGCUCUACAAACUGGCGCAGCCUCUCGCCGCCAUCAACAGUCUUGGAGGGGAGUCGGAGCAGUACAGCAUGUACCCCAGCAACAGGGUAAAGCGCCGCCCGGCGCCUUAUGAGGUUGAACUCGACGAGGGUAGGCGCAUUUUAGAUCUUUAUAAGUAUGCUGGCCAGCCAAAGAUUGUACGCCGUAUCUUCACUAACAGUCGUGAACGUUGGCGGCAACAGAACGUAAAUGGGGCUUUUGCAGAGCUGCGCAAACUCAUUCCCACUCACCCUCCAGACAAGAAGCUGAGCAAGAAUGAGAUCCUACGGCUUGCUAUGAAGUACAUUAGCUUCCUCUCCAACCUCCUGGAGGACCAGGAUGGAGGGAGGAAUGUUGGCAGCACAACUGAUGGGGAAACUGGGCUGCUGGUUGGGGUGGGGACCCAUGAGGGUGGCCCUCAGGGUGGACCUCAUCAGGACACAGUUGUGGGCCUGGCCAGGGAUGAUCUUCUGGGGACAAUGUCGCCAGGCUCCAGCUGUGGAAGCCUGCCUGAUGGCGAUGCCGAGGGCAGCCCUGAGAGCUUUAUGGAGGACCAUGACUCACCUCCAGCUUCAAGGACACUAACGGCUUCCCGUGGGCCCCCUCUGCACCUAGCUGCUAGGGAUCUGAGGCACAAUGGACGCCCACUGGAUGGCUCCAGUCGCCGAUGAUGCUGAAGCCAAUAGACCAUGGACUCAACCCCUGAGACUGAAAGAGAACAAUGAGAGAUGGAUAUGCUCAGGACUCUGCUAGCUUUGAGCUGUCAAUAUAGGAAGGAAAAUCCAGCUCCAAGAAGUGGGAGAGCUAGUGUUCAAAGCGGAUCAUGUGUACAUCCCUGUCUCACCACUACACCCGAGGCAGCACUGAUGAUUAGCUUUGGUGAUUGGUUGAAUUAGAUCCAAAAGACUUGUAAAUUCUGCAUGUCUCAUAACUUUGACGGACCUGCGGAUUAUAACUUUCUGUGGCUUGAAAGUUGAAUUCUGAACAAACAAAACAAAACAAACACACAAACAAAAAAGAAAAAAAGCAAAGAAAACCAAACAGUCAAACGAGAGACAACCAACAAAGAUUGUUGAUGUGUAAUAGUGAUGUUUGACCAAUGCUUCACUUAUGAUAUUAUUGAUUACGAUAUAGUGCAGUUAGAAUUUGCUUACAAAGUGCUACAAAUGUCAAUAAAUAAAUCUAAAAAUGUAUACCCACCAAACUGAAUGUGUUAAAAUAAUGACACAAAAAUAAGAUUGCUUCAGUCAGAGGCCACAAGUGAAUGGACCGAAGUCUACAGUAGUUGUGCCCAUACAGUUACAUAUGUAUUGUAAAUAGCAUUAUAUUUCCACCGCACAAUGUAAUAACAGUGACUCGAGUUCAAGUCAUGUGGUUUAAGACGUACUGUAUUGUGUUUGUCACUGGGUUUGCUAACAAAAGUGUCUUUUAAGAGACAAGAAAUGAGGCAAAAUGAGAGGAAACAAGAUGAACUCAAAAUGUAAAGCAAGCAACUGAACCUAGUAUAUCAAAUGUGGUACAAUUUACCUCUGUUACACUUUGGUGAUGAGAAAAUUACACCAAAUGCAGCAGAGAGUUACACAGUUUCACUGACUGGAAUGAAUAUUUGAAAUUGCGGUGGAGGUACAAGACAUGCAGUGUUCUUAAAGUGUACAAAAUAUGGGCCACAUGAACUCAUGAGAUGACCCAUGCAGUCCUUUUAAUAUGAAUGUCUGUUUUAGUGUUUUUUAACUGUAAUGCAGUUGUAGUUUAGUAAGGUACACAAAUAAAUCCCUUCGUUGCCGCAUUUCAUUUCACAUUUAUGUGUACAGACACCCAUACAGAGGCACAGGCGCAACACGCACACACACGCACACCAUGCUAAUAUCAUAACAACACCAGCAAUUUUCUGACACACAGUUAAGUAUUGCUCAAUGUUGUUGGUUAUUCUGCUUUUUCGGCAGGACUUAGUAGCCUAUAUUGGUACCUUUGGUAACUAUAUGGUAUUUUAUGAAUUGCAGUAAAGGGAUAUUGUAUGUUUGGUAAUGACAUAUUUGUUGUAAGAUAGUUGUAUCUAUAAAUAUAUCCAAUGUUAAAUUGCUGAAUUUUAUACAAAACCCCUGAAUAAAA